AUGACCACGCUCUCCGAGCUAGAGAGCGCAGCUCCUGUCCCAGCGCUUCCCGAGCUAGAGGCAGUCCUGUCCAGCCGCUCCGAGCUUAGGAGCAGCUCCUGUCGCGGCUCUCCGAGCUUAUAUAGGCUAGCUCCUGUCGCGUCCCGACCGCUAGAAGAAACUCUGUUCGCGCUCCCAGAAGCUAGACAGAAUACACAUGUCGCGCUCCGAGCUAGAGGCAGCUCCUGUCGCGCUCCCGAGGCUAGAGCAGCUCUGGCGCGCUCCCAGCUAGAAGAGAACUUUCCUGUCGCGUCUGCCGAGCUAGAGGAAGCCCCUGUCGCGCUCGCCGAACUAGAGGCAGCUCCCUGGCGCGCUCUCCGAGCUAAGAGUGCAGCUUCCUCAUCACGCCUCCCAGCUAGAUGUAGCUCCUGUCGCGCUCCCGCGCUAGAGGCCAGCUUCGUCGCGCUCGAGCUAGGGCAGCUCGCAGUCGCCGACUCCCAAGCUAAGAAGAAACUCCUGUUUCGCGCUCCCGAGCUAGAGCAGCUCCUGUCCGCGCUUCGAGCUAGAGAAGGUCAGCUCCUGUCGCGCUUCGCCGAGCUAGAGGAAGCUCCUGUCGCGCGUCCCGAGCUAGAGGAAGAGGUUCCUGUCGAUCCCGAGCUAGCAGCUCCUGAGGCAGUUCCUGUCCGCUCCCGAGCUAAGCGAAGCUCCGUCGGCGUCCCAGCAGAAGAAACUCCUGUCGCGCUCUCGAUUAGAGAAGAGCUCCUCCCGCUCCCGAGCGCGCACCUCCUGUCGCGCGCCCGAGCUGAGGAAGCUCCUUUUCGCGCUCCCGAGCUAGAGAAACUCCUGUCGUCGCUCACCCGAGCUAGAGAGGCAGCUCCUGUCGCGCCCCGACUAGAGGGAAGAGUCCUGUCGCGCUCCCGAGCUAGAGGCUCCGUCGCGCUAGUUCGUCGCGCUCCCGAGCUAGAGCGUAGCUCCUCUGUUCCGUCUCCCGAACUAGAGGGCAGCUCCUGUCGCGCUCCCGAGCUAGAGGAAGCUCCUGUCGUGCUCCGAGCUAGAAGGCAGGCUCCUAACGAUCGUCUCCUGGAAUUGAGCUCACAGCUCACCGAGCUAAAGGCAGAGGCUGCCUGUGCAGCGGAUCCCGAGCUAGAGAGGCAGCUGCCUGUCGCGCUCCCGAGCGUAGAGCAGCUCCUGAUCGCGCUUCCCGAGCUAGAGGCACUCUAUAGUAUAACUGUCGCGCUCACCGAGCUAGAGCAGCUCUGUCGCGCUCCCGAGCAGAUCAGCUACUGUCGCGCUGCCGAGCUAGAUGAGCAGCUCCUGUCGCGCCUCCCACUAGAGGCAGCUCUGUCGCGACUCCCGAGCUAG